AUGGCCACCUCUGGGCUCGCUUGCAUUUACCCUGCCCUUGUCCUUCACGACGAUGAGGUUAUGAUCACAGAGGAUAAAAUUAAUGCCUUCAUUAAAGCAGUGGGUGUAAAUGUUGAACUGUUCUGGCCUGGAUUAUUUGCAAAAGCCCUGAACAAUGUAAACAUUGCAAGUCUCAUCUGCAAUGUAGGAAUUGGUGGACCUGCCCCAGCAGCUGGUGGUGCUGCCCCAGCUGGAGGUGCUGGUCCUACUAGUCCAGCUGCCCCAGCUGAGGAAAAGAAGAAAGAGGAAGCAAAAAAAGAAGAAUCCAAGAAGUCUGAUGAUGACAUGGGCUUUGGUCUGUGUAACUAA